GCGAGCCACACCGGUCGGUACGCGCUCGCGCCGGUCUGUGCUCUGUUUACAUGUGAGUUUGCCGCCGUUGCGUCAUCGUAGUACAGUCAGUGUUUGCGCGAAAUUGUGCAAGUUACUUCACCAAGUUGGUUCUUCCUCGUGGCAUAUAAUGGGAUCAAAAGCUGAAAACGCUUUUUGCUACUCUAAAUUUUGGGACAAUGCGGCAGUAUGGGAUACAUCAUACCCAGACUUUUCCCUUUGCUUCGAGAAGACCGUGCUGGUGUGGGUGCCUUGUCUGGUGUUGUGGCUGCUCUCACCUAUAGAGAUUUGUUUCAUCCUCAAGAGCAAAUGUCGGGACAUCCCAUGGGCCCCCUUGAUAACAGCCAAACUGUUGCUGAACCUGGUGCUGAUAGGCAUCAGUAGUGUCAACUUUGUCGGAUCAGCAGUUCAGCACUUCCAGGAUAAGAGUGUGUUCGCUGUGGAUAUGUGGACACCAGCGAUACAAACACUGACUUUUUUACUAGCAGCUGUGCUCCUCAUGUGGGACAAAGUGCGAGGACUUCACACCUCAGGGGUACUGUUUGUGUUUUGGCUGCUGAUGAGCAUUGCGGGUGCUGCCCAAUUCCGGACCGAAAUCAUUAGUGCUGAUAUUCCUAACUCAGAAGAAAACAGCUUCAGAUACGUCCUGUAUAUGAUCUACUACCCAAUCGUUGUGGUUAUGAUGGUGCUGAAUGUGUUUGCAGAUCGACCUCCGAGAUACACAUAUUAUUCUAAAUACGAGAAAAUAUGCCCUGAGGUUACGUCGUCAUUUGUGACCCAAACAUUUGUCGGCUGGUUUGAUGGACUUAUUUGGCAAGGUUUUCGAAAAACUUUGACAUCUGCAGACCUUUGGAACCCUAAACUUGAAGAUACAUCAGCAUAUCUUGUGCCACGAUUUGAGAAUCUAUGGAAGAAAAAUUUUGCAAAAGCUAACGGAACAGCAGAGCCAACUAGGAAAGGCAUACCAAAUGGGACACACCACAUUUCAAACUCAAAAAAUAAACCAAAAAAGCCAGUAUCCAUACUGGGACCUAUGGUGAGAAUGCUGUGGGUACCAAUUUUGAUUGCAGGAUUAGCCAAAUUCAUAGCAGAUGCUUUAGAGUUUAUCAAUCCUCAAAUAUUGAAUUUGCUUAUAAGAUAUGUCGCUGGAAAAGACUACAUGUGGAAGGGAUUUUUCUAUGCAGUUUCCAUGUUCGUGUCAGCUGAACUUUAUACUCUAUUCCUGAACAAGAUGGCGAUGAAUAUGUUUAUCGUUGGAAUAAACUGGAGAACUGCGAUCAUGGCAGCUGUUUAUAAAAAGGCGCUCCGUAUUUCCCCUGCAGCCCGCAAGGAGUCAACGGUGGGAGAGGUGGUCAACCUGAUGGCUGUGGAUGCCCAACGUUGUUCAGACUUCGCUCAGUACAUCCAUUACAUCUGGACUGCUCCAAUAUCCAUAUGUGUGGCCUUAUACUUCCUGUGGAAUCUCUUGGGUAUCUCGACGUUGGCAGGCCUGGCUGUCAUGUUGAUCGUCAUGCCGAUCAACAGUGUCAUUGCAAACAAGAUGAAAGUACUUCAAGCAAAGCAAAUGCAACUAAAAGAUGAAAGAGUAAAACUAGUGAAUGAAAUCCUAAAUGGAAUAAAGGUAAGGUUUUAAAAGUUGUACGCAUGGGAGCCAAGUUUUAGAGACAAAAUCACAGACAUCAGAGAAAAGGAGUUAAGAAAGCUGAAGGCAGCUUCUCUGUGGAACUCUUCCGUUUCAUUUUUGUGGCUCUGCUCAUCAUUUCUUGUGUCGUUUGCGACUUUUGGCAUGUUUGUGUUGAUCGAUGAACGCCACGUGCUCACCACAGAGAUUGCCUUCGUAUCAAUGGCUCUCUUCAAUGUCAUGAGAGUGCCCAUCAUCGUCAUACCCAUCCUGGUGCAACUCACCCUUCAGUUUGUUGUAUCUUUGAGGAGAAUAAACAAGUUUAUGAAUGCAGAAGAGAUUGAUAUGCAAUCAGUGUCUCAUGACAAGAGCAGAAAAGAACCUCUAAUUGUUGAGGAUGGUUCGUUCUCAUGGGGUUCAGACGAGGAGCCAGUCCUACGCAACAUCACACUCAAAGUACAGCCUGGACAGUUGGUAGCAGUGGUGGGGACUGUCGGUUCUGGCAAGAGUUCCCUCAUCUCUGCCUUCCUAGGAGAGAUGGAUAAGCAUUCUGGCUACGUCAACACUAUAGGCAAGAUAGCCUACGUGCCACAACAAGCCUGGAUUCAGAAUAACACAGUAAAAGACAAUAUUUUGUUUGGAAACAGUUAUGAGAGCAAAAAGUAUUUCAAAACCAUAGAAAACUGUGCGCUCAAGCCAGACUUUGACAUGUUACCUGGAGGAGACUCAACUGAGAUUGGAGAAAAGGGUAUCAACCUGAGCGGAGGACAGAAACAGAGGGUGAGUCUGGCGCGGGCAGUGUACCACGAUGCUGACAUAUACUUGCUGGAUGAUCCUCUCAGUGCGGUUGAUUCCCACGUGGGGAAACACAUUUUUGAGAACAUUAUUGGUCCUAAAGGUCAGCUCAAUAAGAAGACCCGUAUUCUGGUGACUCAUGCGGUCACAUUUCUGCCUCAAGUGGAUGUCAUCGUAGUCAUGAAGGCCGGAGAGAUCUCGGAGAUUGGAACAUUCAAGGAACUAAUGGCCAAGAAAGGAGAGUUCUCUGAGUUUCUGUUACAGCAUAUCACUGACACUGGUGAAGAAGAACUGAACACAGAAAUGGAAGAACUCCUAAAUGAAAAUGAAGAACUCAUGCAGCAAAUUCAGAGACGACUUAGUCAGUCUGGCUCUGUGAGAUCAACAUCCUCCAGCCACAGAAAUUCUAUCAGCUUUGAAACACAACCAAUUACAAAUCAAAUUGACAAAUUGAUUCAGGAGGAAGCAUCUGAAACUGGCAGUGUGGGACUUGGAGUGUACAUUCAUUUUAUCAAAUCUGCUGGUAUCCUGAUGGUUCUGUCAACUUUAUUUUUCCAAGUAUUCUCGCAAGGCCUAACCGUCGUCUCCAGCUUCUGGCUGACAGACUGGACUUCAGACCCCUCGACUUCUGUUGAUGGAGUUCAGGUUGUGGAGAAACGCAACUACUAUUUGGGAAUCUAUGCUCUCUUAGGUGUUGGCCAAGUGGUGGGGGCAGUGCUUAGUUCCUUCUCGCUGACGUACAGCAGUGUCAUGGCUUGUAGACAACUUCACCUCUCCAUGCUAACUCGAGUAAUACGGGCACCAAUGAGUUUCUUCGACACAACCCCCACAGGCAGACUUGUCAACCGUUUCAGCAAAGAUAUGGACAUCAUAGACAAUAUUAUCCCAUUGACAGCUUACAACGCGAUGAUAGGCUUCGUCACCGUCUUGGGAACAUUGCUGGUUAUUACAAAAUCCACACCAAUAUUUCUUGCUGUCAUCGUACCUAUUGGAUUAAUAUACUACUUUGUUCAGAAAGUCUAUGUGACAACAGCUCGACAGCUGAGAAGGAUAGAGGCAGUGUCAAGGUCACCUAUCUACUCCCACUUCAGUGAGACUGUUUCUGGUGCUCCUUCAAUACGAGCGUACGGGUCUGUCUCUCGAUUCAUCCAGACACUAGAGAACCGAGUGGACUUCAACACUGCCAGUCUUAUGCCCAGCACUUUGUCUGGCAGAUGGCUCUCUGUCCGUUUGGAGACGAUUGGCAACACUUUGAUCUUCUUCGCGGCUAUGUUCGCAGUGUUGGCAAGAGAUUCUCUGGAUCCUGCCAUAGUCGGUCUGUCUGUCAGUUACGCUUUACAGAUAACAUCAAACCUGAACUUUGCUGUGCAUCUGGCUUCAGAGGUGGAGUCAAAUAGUGUAUCUAUAGAGAGAGUGAAGGAAUACUCUGAAAUUGAACAGGAGGCAGCGUGGGAAGUACAGCCCAAGCCUAAACCUGAGUGGCCCAACCAAGGAGUGGUACAGUUCCAGGACUACCAAGUGAGGUACAGGGAGGGUUUGGAUCUGGUGUUAAGAGGAGUUACCUGCACUAUCAACCCCGGAGAGAAGAUUGGUAUAGUUGGUCGUACUGGUGCUGGCAAGUCCUCCCUAACCCUCUGCCUGUUCCGUAUUAUAGAGGCUGCUGGAGGACAAAUUAAAAUUGAUGGUAUCGACAUCUCUAAGAUUGGACUGGGAGACCUUCGCUCCAAACUUACAAUCAUUCCUCAGGACCCAGUGUUGUUCUGUGGGACACUAAGGAUGAAUUUGGAUCCAUUUGGAACAUACUCUGACUCCGACGUGUGGCGUGCUUUGCAACUGGCUCACCUUGGCGACUUUAUGCGAACAUUGACACUUGGUCUACAGCAUCCCAUCAAUGAGGGCGGAGAGAAUCUGAGUGUUGGUCAGAGACAACUGGUGUGUCUGGCUCGUGCUCUGUUGCGAAAGACCAAGCUGUUGAUCCUAGACGAGGCUACAGCUGCAGUUGACCUGGAGACUGAUGAUCUGAUCCAAGCCACCAUCCGAAGAGAGUUCCGCGAAUGUACGGUGCUGACCAUUGCUCACAGACUCAACACCAUCAUGGACUCUGACAGGGUAUUAGUCCUGGACAAGGGACUAAUUAAGGAGUUUGAUUCACCACUAAACCUGCUAAAAUCAACAUCAACGAUAUUCUACGGAAUGGCAAAGGAUGCAGGUCUCACAUGAAGUAGACAGUGAAUGUUUCUUAAAAAUCCAGUGCCUGAUGAAACAGCAUAUAUGUCUGUCUUUCUGCCAGUAUUAAUUAUUGUACUAUUGACCUUUAACGUGUGAUGUAGCAUAUUGUAUUUAGUUUUUAGUUUAAUUUAGGUGCGGAUCUUUUAAUCAGUGUAAAAUAGCAUUUUUUUAUGUUAGGCCAACUCUUAUAUUUGUAAAUUUUUGUAUUACUGAAUGUCAAAGGAGUCUAAAAUUGUCCACUAUUAAAUUUACUCAAAAUAAAUAAACACAAAUAUAAUAUAGUUCCUUUACAGAUAUCAAACUACCAAUAAACAAGACCAGUAAAACAAAGUUUUACUAUUCAAUUUUAUAUUCAGUGAAGUUUUUAAUAUUUUUAAUUUGAUGUUCUUGUAUUGGUAGAUAAUUUUUUCCAGUAAUUAAUUUUUCAUUAUUGAGCCAUCAGUUGCUUAAAACGAAUAAAAACCUAUAAAUUUGAGAGAGAAGUUAUUUUUUACUGUUUUAAAUGUGAAACCAAUUUUAGGUGUAGCAAAUACAUUAUUUAGUUAUUUUUCAUUUGUAUUUAUAAUGUCACGUUGUGAUGUUUCCAUAUAUUACUUAGUGUAUAUACUUAGUGUAAAUUCAAAUGAGCUAUUUUAUAAAUGUUCCUUUUUACUGUGCAUUGUGUAUUUGUUAAAUAAAUUUAUUAUUGUUGUAA